ACAUCAAAAUACAAAAAAAUAAAAUAAAUAAAAAAAAAAAUAAAAAUAUAUAAAUAAACACUCAAGAUGACCUCCAUAAUAAUGGAUGCCCCUAUGGCUUCUGGGGUUGCUGAAGCCGUUCCAGUAUGGAAGAAGGUGGACUGGAGCCCAGAAAUAGAGCAGGGUAUAUACCGUGACUGGGGGUCGUACUACUCCCGGAGGCGCCGCGAAAAUCUUGGAAUGUACUAUUUCGACAAGGCUAUGCAGUUGGCUCCCAAAGAUUAUGUGACAUUGUGGCUUAGAAGCCAGAGCCGGCGACGAAAUGCUCUUCCCCGCCUGGCCCUCAGCGACAGUUUAGAAGCACAAAAAAUUCUUAAAAACUUGAAUCAGGAUAAUGCUCUUGUUAACCUGGAAGUUUGCGAUGCUCUUUAUGAGUUAAAUGAGUUUGCGAAAUCCAAAGCAGAACUGCACAACAAUGCACGACUAUUUACAGGGAAUAAAUCGAAAAUAUUUGAACGACGUCUGGGUGUGGUCGACGAUACUAUUAACGAUGCUUGUGGCCCGGCAAUGACAGAGUUUUUGCGCGAAAAUGAAGCGAUUUGUCAAUUUGUAAGGGAAAAGGAGAAGAAGGACUUGAAAGCUGCGGUGGAUGUCCGCCCACUUUGGAAAAUAUUAAAGGAGCAGGAAAAAUGCGACGUACUUAGCAUUCCAGAAAUGGAUGAAGAAUUAUUAUCCCCCCUUGAAGUUGCCAGGAGGGCCCGAGCUUUCGAUGUGUUCAACCAGAUGUUCCUAGACAGAUCUUGGGUGGAUGUGGUAUUCCUUAGGCACAUUCGAAGGGAUCCUGGUCUGCUUUUGGAUCAGUGCAAAAAUUCAAGCGAAUUUCUAAGAACGACUACUAACAAAAAAUACUCCGAAGUGAAAACAUUUCUGAAAAUGCUCGAGGCACGAUCCCCAAUGUUUUAUGUCCGUCAUAAGAAGUUUACAAAUCCCCAGUUAAUGGAGAAAUUUCGACAGGACUAUCUAUACCGCGUCCAGUAUCAAACCCGACGAAAUAUGAAUUCGGUGUUGAGAAGCAUUAAGUUUCUUCGAAAAACCAAUAACGUAGCGAAACUGGCGUCCUAUGUUGAAGAAGUUAUGGGUGAUUAUGUGGUCAAGAAAACGAAUAGGACUAUGCCAUGGAAGUUUGAGUUCCUUAAUGAGGUAUACAAUACGUUGGCCUUGGCCCAUAUGGAUCAAUUAUGGGUUCCAAAAAAUUUUCGAUUUCAACAAAAGAACGCCCUGCUCUCCCUGCUUCAUUUCCCCAUGGACAAGGGUUUGGAUGUACCAACUUUUGUGUUUGGGGAUCGUAAAACUCAUCAAAGUUCCGAUUUAUCUGAUCCGGUCCUGGCAAAGUCUCGGAAAGCAAUAAGCAGAUACGAAAAGAGACUGGUUUUUGCGAAGUACUCCAUCGAAAAAGCUUAUUUAAUGCAUCAGAUUGGAGUCGCACACCUUCAAUCGAAUCGUUUUGACGAGUGUUGUUUUGCGGCCCGCAAAGGAAUACAAGAGGCAGAACUUUGCAAUAACAAUGUAUGGCGUUUUCUGUGCGUCUUACUCAUAAUAAAAGCGAAUGCCGCCCUCCAUAAAAUUGAACGGACAAGGGAGUCUUUGGAUAGUGCCAUUAAGAUUGCAGAGCGACUAGGAUCCGGUCAACUCAUGAAGUAUCUCUACAGCUGUGUCAACUGCAAUGAGGAAGAGUUUGUAGUCAAGAAACAAAGCAUGAGUGCCUCCGCCAGUCGUCGUGACAGUAAAGUAUCCACGCAUAGCUUUGGUUCUGAAGUAGCAUCGGCAAGAAAAAGUGCAAUCCCAAGGGAGUAGGAUGUUUUCUAAGAUUUUCACCUUAACAAUUUUCUUUUUGAACCUAAAAUUCUCAGUGAUAGCUUUGGUUGUAUCCAAUAAUCGCAAUAAAUUUCUAGUGCAAUCUAUAAA